GGACUUUUCCUGGAGAAGAAACAAAACGAAGGUUAAUUCUCCGAACAUGGAUGUGACAGAGACGCAACAGAUAACAGCAAGGACGAUCGAGAAGGUGGUCGUUCAUCCACUCGUCUUGCGUAAUAUAUCGUCGACGAUUACAACCGCCUCGCUAAGAAAUCAGGCAAGCGCGUUGUCGGUGUUCUUCUAGGCGGUAGCUCCCAUGGUAUCGUUGAUGUCAUCAACAGCUACCCAGUGCCCUUCAAGGAGGAUGGAAAAGACCCAUGUGGCGGGUUUUUUUAUCACAAACACCGCCGCUCAAUGUUGCAACUGUUCCACGGCAUUAAUGACAUGGUUGGUUGGUACAGCACAGGCCCUGAACUUCGAGAUAAUGAUUUGGAUGUUCACGCUAAGUUCUGCCACUAUGCUCCCUAUCCAGUGCUGGUCGUUAUCGAUGUAGGACUUGGAAUUCCCACAAAUGCUUACUAUACUAUGUCCAGCCUCGAGAAAAUCGAGAAAGAAGUCUUUGUUCGUGCGUCUGUAGAAAUCGCUCCUCAUGAAGUCAAGGAGGACUCUGGUGAAGAACAUCUCCUCAGUGAGUUUAAAGAUACAACUACAGAAAUUGCCCCCAAGAGAAUGACAUUGGGAGGUGUGAGCUUUGUCGAUGCGAUGGAGUCGUACAUGGAGUUCUACAAAAAUCAGGUUAGGAUCAGUGUCGAGGGAUAUGACCUUUCCCUUCGAGCCGUUGAUCUCGACAUUUCCUUGGUGAACCACUUCAGCUCUUGUGGAAACGUGGAGUUCGUGAAGGUGCCGGGAGACCCGGUGACCAAUGCUAUUAACGGCACAAGUACUACUGUGGUUCUCCGCGGGAAAGGUGCAGCAGAGAAGGCCUUGGCACUCAACGGAAGUGACGUGGGAGGAUGGAGAGUGUCCGUCAAGAUCUUACCACCAGCGCUAAGUAGUCUGAGAUCUGGGUUGACUACUCGUGAAGCGGCACGUCAAUACGUCGCCCACUUCAAAAGAUACAAGAGCCGAGGCAUUACUGUUAAAGGAUAUGAUUAUUCGCUCUGUGAGGCUGAUGUCAAGAGGGCUUUGGUUAACUAUUUCUCUUCCUGUGGAGAGAUCACCGAUGUUUUUGUUUUCAAAAGACGUGCUUUGGUCUACUUUUUCGAAUAUGAAGCAGUGGAAAAUGCUUUGAAGGUUUGUCGACCAAGUCAAAGACGUGUCACGGGGACGUGUUUCCGUGCUAGAGCUAUGCCGAUACCGAAACGGUUGAUUGUUCAUGGCCCUGACUCCUGCCUUGCUACUCCUGCCUAUUGA